AAAAAAGAAUUGGUCCAAUAGAACCAGUGGCAUUAUUAACUUCACAUCAACUCCCGCUACACAUUUUGUAUUUUUUUCAAACUAUCCUUGACACACCGAAACGAGGUCGAUUCGAGGAAAGAAUGCUUGACUACCUCUGGGGUGAUACGAGUAAAGAGGAGAAGAGGUUGAUACGAAAACUCGAUUUCUUUAUUCUUACUUUCUGUUGCUUUAGCUUCUUUUUCAAUCACCUUGACAGACAGGCCUUUGCCAAUGCAUAUGUAGCAGGUCUCAAAGAAGCCCUCGAGCUGAGUGGCAACCAGUACAAUGUCCUUCUCUCUAUGGCCUCAGCAGGCAUGCUGGUCGGUCAGAUACCCAGCAGUAUAAUCAUCCACAAGAUCCGCCCUCGAAUAUGGAUGUCUUCCAUGGUCGUCGUGUGGGCAGGCCUCACCAUGGCCAGCGCAGCCUGCAAGACAUAUGCUCAACUCUGUGCCGUUCGCUUCAUGAUGGGUCUCGCUGAAGCAAGUACUUAUGCGGGAUCUAUAUACAUUAUGGGCUCUUGGUACAAAUCCAACGAAAUCGCCAAACGCACCGCCAUGUUCACUGUGGCUGGUCAAGUCGGAAAAAUGUUCGCGGGGGCUAUGAUGGCUGCCAUCCAUGAGUCAAUGGAAGGUCAUGCCGGACUCGAGGGUUGGCAGUGGGUGUUUUUGAUAGACGGCAUCAUCACUUUGCCUGUUGCUAUCUUUGGCUUCUUCUUCUUUCCGGAUGUACCUGAGUACACAGAUGCCUCCUAUCUGAGUGAUAAGGAACGACAACUUGCGCUUGAUCGACUACCGCCUAAGAAGGAAGACGGCCAUGAUAUACAGGCGUGGAGUCUUGUCAAAAGGGUGAUGGGACAUCCGUUGCUUUAUGUCUGCUGCGUCUUUUCAGUUCUUGGGUCGGCGCUUCAGUCUUAUGUUGUACAGGGACUCAUGCUUCUCUAUCUCAAGUUUCGCAAGGACAUUGACGGCUUCACACAGUCCGAAGUCAACACCCUCCCGAUUCCUACCCACGCAGUCGGCAUUGUUGCUGAGCUUUCCGUCUCAUUCUUCAUGGAUCGGUACAACCGAAGAAUGUCACUUGGUUUCUUGCUCUGCUCAAUCCAAAUAAUCUGCAGCAUUGUGUUGCUAAUCCCUGGAAUGUCAGUUGCAGGAAAUCUCACAGCCUUGUACCUCUCAGCUUCAGCAUACGGCAUCAAUCCUCUGCUGUAUGGCUGGUCAAGCAACAUUUUGGCCCGGACAGCAGAUGAUGCCGCUCGAAGUGUGACUCUAGCCUCAAUGGCUGCAAGUGAUGGACUACUGUGGACAUUCUGGGGCAUAGUCAUGUUCCCUGCUGAUCAUGCACCUUACUGGCGGAAUGGGUACAUCGGGAUGCUAUGUGUUAGUGCUGCAAUGGUUGGCUGGCUAUUUGCUGUUCGUUGGGUAAGUUUGUUCCCAUUACUAGGAUAUAUGGUCUGAUAAUAUCUAGCUCGAUCGUUACACCGCAGAAAAGUAUCCUGCUGGUGAGCAUACAAGUGCCUCGUCUCUGGUAGUCACGGAAAUGAACUAUUCCACAAUGGAUCAGAAUAAGGCAGUUUGAGACUUCACAGAAGAAAGUGGUUGUCUCGAAAGAGUUUUGAAAUAGUCUGGGAAGAGAGUCAAUCUAGCUAAGACACCAUGAAUACAACCCCAUCUUGCCUCCUACCAACCUGGGCUACUACCUUGGUCUUUUGUAUUCAUUUCUAAAAAUGGAGGAAGCAACGUAACUGCAA